GCAUCAUGUAUGUGGCUUUCCUGUAUCAGGUGUUUCAGAAACUUUUCAAGCCAGUUGUAAGAUGUUCAAGGACAAGAAUUAUUACUCAUAUUUCUAUGUCAUAUCACACAGUGGCUAGCACCAUUUUGAGAUUACCCUAUCACAUAGGGCAAUAUUUUGUAGAAUCACUCCUUUGUGUAACAACUUCAGUAUUUUUGUACUGUUGUUACUUUGCUGAAAUUUUUAUUCGAAAAAUAGCACUUGCUAUAAAACUGCUAUAAAAUACAGUGAACACAAUAUUGUGAAUUUUUAUAAAAAUAAAUUUUAAGAUAAUAUACAAAUGAUUUAUUUAAUGUUUUUGCAAUGCCCUAAGCACUUAUUUCAUGUAAUCUUAACAUGCCUUUAGAGAAGAUUGUUUUUCUCAUUUUAUAGGUUCAGUAUAGUAUACUGUAUUAUUUGAUGCCAGAGCCAACAAAAACUGCAGUACAGGUAGUUUCCAAAGUUAAUUAUACCACUUAUUUGCCUAGGUUUCUUUUGCGUCUCUUACUGAUUCUGUUGGCCAAUUUUCAACCCCUUUCCAACACACUUAGCUGGGUUCUCGUUCUACCUGGUCUCUGCAUGUGAGAAUAUGGAGGACUGAGAGACAGCUGAAUUGUUACCACUUAGAAAAGGCAUUGAAGAAAAAAAUUCCUGUCAGAGGUGGGAACAGAAUAUGAAGAAUUUAUAUAGGGAGGACUUGGGUCAGCUGUCUCCAGAGAGCAACUUUAAGAAAAGGACAAAGAUGUUUAGGGAUAGUCUUAUGGAGUUUUGCCAUGGGAUGUGUAAUGUCAGCACUCUUACCCAGCUUCCUGCAAAGGUCUCAAAGUGGCUUUAAUAUGGUAGUUUUCUUUCCUUUGCAUUUAUAAAAGCAAUUACAUCAGAAAAAACAUGAGUUCCAUUUUAGGUGAGUGUUACACCCUCAUGGUACCAGUGAAAUAUUUCACAAGAUCCUCCUGGCCAACUUUUUGCCCCAAACUGAGGCCCUGAUGAAGGGGAAGUUGACAGAGGAGACCUGGAAGGAGCUGCAGGCCGCAGGAAAGAGUCCAGAGGACUUAGAGAAGCUGUUGCCACACAAGGUCUUUGAAGGAAAUCGCCCAACAAACUCUAUUGUGUUCACCAAGCUCACGCCAUUCAUUCUGGGAGCCUUGAUUGCCAUGUACGAGCACAAGAUAUUCGUUCAGGGUGUCAUCUGGGACAUCAACAGCUUUGACCAGUGGGGGGUGGAGCUGGGAAAGCAGCUGGCCAAGAAAAUUGAGCCUGAACUUGAUGGCAGUAGCCCAGUCACCUCUCACGACUCUUCUACCAACGGGCUAAUCAACUUCAUCAAGCAGGAGCAUGAGGCCAGAAGCCAAUAAACUCAUGCCCGGCUGCAGUCCCUUUGUAACUGGUCCUUGUCUCUCCUCACCAGAGAUGCGCUGCACAGUCUUUCCCAGAGCACCCUCUGGUUGCGGGCUUGGAGCACAAGCCCUUUGGGGGAAGCCGGUCUGGAAUUGCCACCCUGCCCAUCCAUGUCCGUGUGCCCUCUGUUUUACGAUUGGCUGAAGUGUUCCAGUGCAGCUGAUUUUUCUGACUGUGUUCGCUUUGUUCGUGUACCAGAUAGAAAAAUAAAGAUGCCACAAAGGAAAAAAAAAAGUUAACUAAUUGUUAACUCAGUCCUUA